AUGGCUCCCAUCGUCCACGGCAUCCCUUCCACAGCCGGCACCGGCUUCCAGAAGCCCGCCGUGUCGUUGGACCUCUUCCCAGAUGGCCUCAAGACCACCGGACAGCACCCUCCCAUCUACGAGCAGGUGAAGCCCUUCUCCGAGUUCCCAAAGGAGAUCACAGGCCCUACCGUCUGGGAGGCCGCCGACUACAAAGACUGCCCUGAGAAAUGGGUUCACUGGUUCACCGAAGAAGAGCUGGCGGAGCUGAGUGCAACCGCAGAUGCGUUCAUGGCGUCUGGCACGCCUCUGACCGGCAUCUCUAAGACUCACUUCGCUCUCCCCAAGUUCUCCGCCUUCCUCUCUGCACUCCAUGAUGAUUUGAUGGACGGCAAGGGUUUUAUUCUUUUCAAGGGCCUUCCAGUCCAGGAAUGGGGCAACCACAAGUCGGCCGUUGUCUACAUGGGAAUUGGAACUCAUCUCGGUUACUUCGUCAGCCAGAACGGCAGGGGCCAUGUGCUUGGCCACGUCAAGGACCUUAGCGAGGACUCCAACAAAAUCGACAAGGUGCGGAUUUACCGAACGAACGCCCGCCAAUUCUUCCACACUGAUGAUGGCGACAUCGUCGGCCUGCUCUGCGUCGCCAAGGCUCUAGAGGGAGGGGAGUCCGAUAUCGUCUCAUCCCAUCAUAUCUACAACGUGCUCGCGAAGGAGCGCCCGGACGUUCUUGAGACUCUGACUCAGCCAAUCUGGUACGUCGACCGCAAAGGCGAAACCAGCAUUGGCGAGGAGGAAUACAUCCGCGCGAGCGUCAUGUACGUCGAAAAUGGCGAAAAGGGCCGCGUCUAUACCAAAUGGGAUCCAUACUACGUUCGCUCCCUCAACCGCUUCUCUGACGUUGGCAUUAUCCCUGCGCUCUCGCCAGCACAGCUCGAGGCCAUGUCAGUGCUCGAGGAGACCUGCUUGAGGCUCUCCCUGCACAUGGUCCUUGAUGUCGGCGACAUCCAGUUCCUCUCCAACUCGCACGUCUUGCACGCUCGCACUGCCUACAAGGACUUCCCACCACCAGCUCCUCGCCGACAUCUCAUGAGAUUGUGGCUUGCUACCCCAGACACCGAGGGUGGCUGGAAGAUCCCCUUCUGGGACAGCAGCGAGAAGAAGCGCGGUGGCAUCCAGGUCAACAACCAGCCUCCCGUUGCCCCAUUGGACGCCGAGUGA